AUGAUCAAGCUCAACCUUCUCUUUGCCGCAUUGGCGGCAUUGGCCUCUGGCGUUAGUGCCCAGAGCGUAUCUGGCGCUGCCGAGGGCUUCGCCAAAGGGGUCACUGGCGGAGGCAGCGCCACAGCCGUGUAUCCCACCACCAACGCCGAGCUCGUGUCUUAUCUUGGGGAUAGCUCAGCCCGAGUCAUUGUUCUGACCAAGACCUUCGACUUCCGCGGGACUGAAGGCACGACCACCUCGAGCACCGGAGGAUGCGCGCCAUGGGGAACUGGCUCGGCCUGUCAGCUGGCUAUCAACAAGGACAAUUGGUGCACCAACUACCAACCAAACGCUCCGACAGCUGCAGUGUCAUACGAUAAUGCCGGAGUGCUUGGGAUCACGGUGAAAUCCAACAAGAGUUUAAUUGGCUCCGGGUCGAGCGGUAUAAUCAGGGGUAAAGGUCUACGCAUUGUCAGCGGUGCAAGCAACAUCAUCAUCCAGAACAUUGCUAUUACCGACUUGAACCCCAAAUAUGUCUGGGGUGGUGAUGCUAUCACACUCAACAAUUGCGACAUGGUGUGGAUUGAUCAUGUGACGACUGCGCGCAUUGGUCGUCAACAUCUUGUUCUCGGAACCAGUGCAUCGAACCGGGUGACGGUCUCGAACUCAUACUUCAACGGACAGUCCGACUACUCGGCCACCUGUGAUGGGUAUCAUUAUUGGGGCAUUUAUCUGACUGGUUCGAACGACAUGGUUACCCUGAAGGGCAACUACAUCUACCACAUGAGUGGCCGCAGUCCCAAGGUCGAAUCCAACACCCUUCUGCAUGCGGUGAACAACUAUUGGCACGACUUCUCCGGACAUGCCUUCGAGAUUGGAUCCGGAGGCAAGGUCCUGGCCGAGGGUAACGUCUUCCAGAAUAUCCCGACGGUUCUACAAUCCAACAGCGGCCAGCUGUUUACCUCACCGGACAGCAACACCAACCAGGUCUGUUCAUCGUACUUGGGUCAUGUUUGCCAGACGAAUGGGUUCGGAAGCUCUGGAAGCUUUAGCAAGGCCGACACGGGUUUCUUGUCCAAUUUCCAGGGGAAGAAUAUCGCCUCGGCGGCGGCGUAUAGCUCCGCUCAGAGCAGCGUGCCAUCGAAUGCAGGACAGGGCAAAUUGUAAUCAGUCUGACGGGUUGAGUCUCAGGUGAUGGACCCGAGAAAGUGGCG